AGUAACGCUAAAAGUAGCCAUAUUAUGGGUCGGUUUGGGCCUGGUUUUGGCCGGCAAAAGGCCCAUCUCGGAUUGCGGUGAGCGUAUCGAGGAUGAUGGCUAUCCCAUGGAGCGUCAUAAGGUCGUCACCAGUGACAGUUAUAUCCUGACAAUGCACCGCAUUCCAUAUUCCCCCAAAACCGGCUAUAGUGAAAACCGCCCGGUGGCCUUCCUCAUGCACGGAAUGCUUAGCUCUUCCUCCGACUGGGUGCUCAUGGGCCCGGAGAGGUCCCUGGCCUACCAACUGGCCGACGCUGGCUACGAUGUCUGGAUGGGCAAUGCUCGAGGCAACACCUACUCCAAGGCCCAUCAGUUCUGGCCCACUUUCUGGCAAAUCUUCUGGAACUUCAGCUGGAACGAGAUCGGCAUUUAUGAUGUCCCAGCCAUGAUUGAUUAUGUUUUGAAGGAGACUGGUCAGGAGAAGCUUCAGUAUGUGGGUCACUCGCAGGGCACCACUGUCUAUCUGGUGAUGGUGUCUGAGAGGCCCGAGUACAAUGACAAGAUCAAGUCGGCCCAUCUCCUGGGACCUGCCGCCUACAUGGGCAACAUGAAGAGCCCCAUGACCCGUGCCUUUGCCCCCAUCCUGGGUCAGCCUAAUGCCAUCGUCGAGUUGUGCGGAUCUAUGGAGUUCAUGCCCAGCAACAAGUUUAAGCAGGACAUGGGCAUCGAGAUGUGCCAGGCUACGUCUCCCUAUGCCGAUAUGUGCGCCAACGAGAUCUUCCUGAUUGGAGGAUACGAUUCCGAGCAACUGGACUAUGACCUUUUGGAACACAUCAAGGCCACCUCGCCGGCUGGUGCUUCUGUUAACCAGAAUCUGCACUUCUGUCAGGAGUACAACUCUGGCAAGUUCCGCAAGUUCGAUUACACCGCCAUUCGCAAUCCCUUCGAGUACGGCAGCUACUUCCCUCCGGAUUACAAGCUAAAGAACGCCAAGGCCCCGGUUCUAUUGUAUUACGGAGCGAAUGACUGGAUGUGUGAUGUGAGCGAUGUCCGCAAGUUGAGGGAUGAGCUGCCCAACAUGGCUCUGGAUUACUUGGUGCCCUUCGAGAAGUGGGCUCAUCUGGACUUUAUCUGGGGCACUGAGGCCCGCAAGUACGUGUACGAUGAGGUCCUGAAGCAGAUGGAGUAUUACGAAUAGAUCUAUUCACACAACCGUAAUAAAAUGAACAUAUAACAGAGA